UUUAUAUGAAGGCUUAAGAUAACUCUUUUAGAUUGCCUGCAUUAAAAUUAUAGCCAAGAGAAUAUAAAUUUAAUCUGAGCUAAGAAUCCAUUGAAUAAAACUAAAGCAAAGAAACAAUACAGUAGAAUGUUUUUAAUCACUAUAAUCCUUCACCAAUUAGACAUAGGAAUAAAAUUAUGUCGGUGUCAGUCUAUAAUAGCUAAGAGAAAAUUAAACCAAGUAAUUAAACUAAACAUUUCCAAAAUAGCGAAUUUAUCACUUGUUAAAAUACUAAUAAUAGCAUAUCAGUUGUCUAAACAGUUAGAAGAUAUAGGAGUAAGCUCAAAAAGCUCGUUUAACAUAAUUAAAAUAGGAGUGAAAUUAAUUCUAGAGAUCCGCGAUAUUUCUUUUUUAAAGAGCCCUCUGCUUCCAUCAAACUAAAUAAUCUUCAAGAUAAUUCUAAGUAAGUCGAUAAACUUUUGGAAGAAAGAAUUAAGUAACUUAUGACUAAAGUUUAAAUGCUCAUUUCUUCAUAAUCUUUUUAUCAAUAAAAAAAAUAUUAAGCUCACCUAAAUGUGAACCUUGUCAAAUUGUAGGAUGAAUACGAUGUAUUAUUUUAAGAUUUCAACGAAUUUUAUUUCUCAUCAAAGAGAAUAGAUUGUAUACAUUUUAUUCUAAUCAUUAGCAUAAAUCAAAAAUUUAUUGAAUCACAUGUAGAUUAUCAAAAAGUUAUUAAGUCCGCUAUAAAAGCCUUAUGGAAUAUGUUAAAAAUCAAGCUAAUCUUUACAUUAAAAUAUAUUCGAUUCGAUCCAAGAAGAAACAAAAGAAUCUGCUACAUAAAGAAUUGAUAAUUCUUAAUUAUAAGGUAGAGUAGAUAUCAAUGAUUUUGAUGAAUAAAGUGAAGAUGACAAUCUUGGUCAAGAGGAUUCAAAUUCUUUUAAUGAAAACAAUAACAACCAAGAGGGAAAACCAAUUAAAAAUGGCCGAUAACCAUCCAAAAAAAGAAUGAACAAUACUAAGUCAAGAAGUAAAAUAAAAUAAUAAGGAACUAUGGACUCAGAUUAAACUAAGGAGAGUCAAGAUCAGGAAUCUAUAAAAUUUGAUGAUUAAGGUAAUCAAAUAAUCUCACCUAAUAAAAGAAGAAGAAAAGUAUCUUAAAUUUCUAACAAUUUUAAUAAUAAUGAAGAUUAAUUGGAGGAUUUAGAAAUUAAAGAAAAUUAGGAUGUCUAAGAAAAUGGAUCUAAAUAAAUAAAUUAACAUGGAAAGGUAGCUAGUAGAAGGAGAACUGUUCUAAAAGCAGAUGGAUCUAAAUAAUCUGAUGAUGAUCCUCAUUCAGAAGAUGAUAAUGAGAUGGUAAUUCAAGAAGAGGAAUUAAGCGAAAAUGAAUUAGAAUCUGAAGUUAGAGAUUUAAAAAAGAAAGAAUAGAUUUAAUAAUAAUAAUAAGUGCAAUUUUAGCAAUCUUUUAAUAAAGAAAUUCUUAUAUAGAAUUAAUAGGAUGAUUAUUAGGAAAAUGAAGGUCCUUAAUCAUUCCGUUAAGAAAGGUUCAUGAUUUAACAUCCAAAUCACGAAAUUAUUAGUGUUUCAUUACUUGAUAGAUUUAUACAUUUAGAUAAUAUCUAUGAUUAUAAAUUUUUAUAAAGUUGGAAUUAUCAUAUAGCUAAAAUUAGAUAGGCUAAGUUUCUUGAUGAAUUUGAUAUUUGA